AUGUCUGUGGGCCCGUCGCUGUUGCCUCCCCUCUGGGGGAGGACCUUUCUACUUCUGGUGUCCGUGGCUGUGACUCAGUCCCACUGGCCCAGUGAACCUUCGGAGGCCGUCAGGGACUGGGAGAACCAGCUCGAGGCGUCCAUGCACUCCGUACUCUCAGACCUCCACGAGGCUGUUCCCACGGUGGUUGGCAUUCCUGAUGGCACGGCUGUCGUUGGACGCUCAUUUCGAGUGACCAUUCCAACAGAUUUAAUUGCCUCCAAUGGAGAAGUCAUCAAGGUAUCAGCCGCGGGGAAGGAGGCCUUACCAUCCUGGCUGCACUGGGACCCACAGAGCCACACCCUGGAGGGUCUCCCCCUCGACACCGAUAAGGGGGUGCAUUACAUUUCAGUCAGCGCUGCACGACUGGAGGCCAACGGAAGCCACGUCCCCCAGACUUCCAGCGUGUUCUCUAUCGAGGUCUACCCUGAAGACCACAGCGAGCCGCAGUCGGUGAGGGCGGCCUCACCAGACCCCGGCGAGGUGGUGUCCUCGGUCUGUGCUGCCGACGAACCCGUGACUGUCCUGACAGUCAUUCUGGAUGCUGACCUCACCAAGAUGACCCCAAAGCAAAGGAUCGACUUGCUGCACCGGAUGCGGGGCUUCUCCGAAGUGGAGCUACACAACAUGAAGCUGGUGCCUGUGGUGAACAACAGGCUGUUUGACAUGUCGGCUUUCAUGGCAGGCCCAGGCAAUGCAAAGAAGGUGGUGGAGAAUGGGGCCCUGCUCUCCUGGAAGCUGGGCUGCGCCCUGAACCAGAAUAGUGUGCCUGACAUUCAUGGCGUGGAGGUCCCUGCCAGGGAGGGUGCCAUGUCUGCCCAGCUCGGGUACCCCGUGGUGGGCUGGCACAUCGCCAACAAGAAACCCCCUCUUCCCAAACGCAUCCGGAGGCAGAUCCAUGCCACACCCACGCCUGUCACGGCCAUUGGGCCCCCCACCACGGCCAUCCAGGAGCCACCGUCCAGAAUUGUGCCCACCCCCACGUCUCCAGCCAUUGCUCCUCCAACUGAGACCAUGGCUCCUCCGGUCAGGGACCCUGUUCCUGGGAAGCCCACAGUCACCAUUCGGACUCGAGGUGCCAUUAUUCAGACGCCAACCCUUGGCCCCAUCCAGCCUACUCGGGUGUCAGAAGCUGGCACCACAGUUCCCGGCCAGAUCCGCCCAACAAUGACCAUUCCUGGCUACGUGGAGCCCACGGCAGUCAUCACCCCUCCCACGACAACCACCAAGAAGCCACGAGUGUCUACAUCCAGACCGGCCACACCUUCUACUGACUCCACCACCACCACUCGAAGGCCGACCAAGAAGCCGCGGACACCCCGACCGGUGCCCCGGGGCACCACCAAGGCGCCCAUCACCAGACUGGAAACCGCCUCCCCGCCGACGCGCAUCCGCACUACCACCAGCGGGGUGCCCCGUGGAGGGGAGCCCAACCAGCGCCCGGAGCUCAAGAACCACAUCGACAGGGUGGACGCCUGGGUCGGCACCUACUUUGAGGUGAAGAUCCCGUCGGACACCUUCUACGACAACGAGGACACCACCACUGAUAAGCUGAAGCUGACCCUGAAGCUUCGGGAGCAGCAGCUGGUAGGCGAGAAGUCGUGGGUGCAGUUCAACAGCAACAGCCAGCUCAUGUAUGGCCUGCCAGACAGCAGCCACGUGGGCAAGCACGAGUACUUCAUGCACGCCACGGACAAGGGGGGCCUGUCGGCGGUGGACGCCUUUGAGAUCCAUGUUCACAAGCGCCCGCAAGGGGAUAAGGCUCCCGCACGCUUCAAGGCCAAGUUGACAGGUGACCCCGCAGCUGUGACGAACGACAUUCACAAGAAGAUUGCCCUGGUGAAGAAGCUGGCCUUUGCCUUCGGGGACCGCAACUGCAGCACCAUCACCCUGCAGAACAUCACCCGGGGCUCCAUCGUGGUGGAGUGGACCAACAAUACCCUGCCCCUGGAGCCCUGCCCCAAGGAGCAAAUCACGGCGCUGAGCCGGAGGAUCGCCGAGGAUGACGGGAAGCCUCGAGCUGCCUUCGCCAACGCACUGGAGCCCGACUUUCAGGCCAUGAGCAUCGCAGUGACGGGUUCUGGCAGCUGCCGGCAUCUCCAGUUUGUCCCAGUGGCGCCACCCAGGAGGGUGCCUUCAGAGGCACCAGCCACGGAGGUGCCAGACCGGGACCCUGAGAAGAGCAGUGAGGACGACGUGUACUUGCACACAGUCAUCCCGGCCGUGGUGGUGGCGGCCAUCCUGCUCAUCGCGGGCAUCAUUGCCAUGAUCUGCUACCGCAAGAAGCGGAAGGGCAAGCUCACCCUGGAGGACCAAGCCACCUUUAUCAAGAAGGGGGUACCCAUCAUCUUUGCGGAUGAGCUGGAUGACUCCAAGCCCCCGCCCUCCUCCAGCAUGCCGCUGAUCCUGCAGGAGGAGAAAGCCCCUCUCCCCCCUCCCGAGUACCCCAACCAGAGUGUGCCCGAGACCACUCCCCUGAACCAGGACACCGUGGGAGAGUACGCGCCCCUGCGGGAUGAGGAUCCCAGCGCGCCGCCCUACCAGCCCCCGCCGCCCUUCACAGCCCCCAUGGAGGGCAAGGGCUCCCGGCCCAAGAACAUGACCCCCUACCGGUCGCCCCCUCCCUACGUGCCCCCUUAA